AUGCCCAGCAUGUUCUCGCGUCGCCGAGGGAGCAGCGCCAGCCGCGCGAGCUCCCAAAUACCGCUCGACCGAAACACCACCUCGAAUGCGGCCGCCGCAGCUAGCCAGGCUUUCCUCAAGAACAAGCCAUCGACGGGCUCUCUAUCCUCAGCUGCCGCUGCCGCCGCGUUGCGGUCCAUGACCACGACCCCCGAGCCCGUCGGCGCUGUCCAAACAAAGCGUAUGGUUCGUCGGGGAUCGACAUCUUCGAAUGCGAGCAGUGCUAUUGUUUCGAAUGGCAGAGGAGGAGUUCCAGUAAGAGGCGGUCUACAGCGACGUGAUAGUGGAGGGUCGAUGACAGAGCGCUCUUUCCGGUCCCCUUCGCCUGGUCGAUCGAACGGUGCACUCUCCCCAGCACUAGAUGCUGCGCCGCCAGUACCAGCAAUACCUUCAUCAAUAUCGAGACAGCACCAACGCUCCUCGAGUCUCGAUCCGCCGCAGCGUGUCAUUUCUCCAACCCCGGCAGGGCGCGGCAAUGGAAGAGCUGCGAGCAUGGACAGAUAUAGCAUGCCACCGCCGGCCAGUGCCAGCUCUAGAACUGGCAAGCGGCUGUCGAAUGUGAACGAGGAGCUGGAGCGGACUGACAGCAAUCGCAAUGUCAACUUUUCACGACCUAUGAACUCACAGCCUAGCAGUCCUGUAUCGCCCACUGUGGACAAGCAGUACACCCAUGGGACUGGUAACUGGUUUUCAGAGUCCGUACCAGUACCUAGCCAGCCAAAGCAGACUGUGCAGGAGGAAGCGCUCGAGCAAAAGAUUGCGAGAAUACAGGCUGCUGCCGGGCAACCCGUGAACAGGGACAACGGCGUGAAUUCAGCACAGGGAAAUUAUUUGCAGAGGCCGAGUGAAAGGGCGGGCAUUGCGCCAGCAUCAUAUGAAGCUGCAGAUGCCAUUAUGGUCUACGAUCCAAGCACCAGGACGUUCAUCGCCAAGCCGAGAACUCAACCUGCCCAGCCUGCCUCGCCUGAACCUCCAUCGCCCACGACGUGGCAACCUGCUGCUCCCGUUCCUGGCACUUACGAUCCUCACACUCGAACGAUUGUUCCCUUACCCGAGCCAAAGCCGGCAGUCCAAGUCCAACGUCCAGAACGCCCUGCUUUGGAAACGGAUUUGCAGCCUCCUCCACGAAAUCCAGCUCGACUGUCUCCAACUAUCGCCGCUAGAAGCUUCCUUCACAAACAACCCUCUGUGGUACGUGAAGAGCCAGAAGAUGAAGAUGGCAGUGUUGCAGAUUCUGAAUUGAUGGACACUUGUGCUACAAUCCAAACAUCUGCUGGACCAGCCAAGUCGUACGUCGCACCAGCAGGCUCGAAGCAACGUUCAUCAAGCCUUGACAUUCCACGAGGUGCUCUUGACAGCGCAUCGAGAGGGAGAGGUGGCUCAAACGUUUCUACGUCGCCCAGCCCCAACCGUAUCCAUUUCUCGGCGUCCCCUGUUAUGAAUCCUAUCAGGCAUGAUCCGCCACCUCGUGAUCUGUCGCCCGCUAAGCCCGCGCUGAAGAAUGCACACUCACCAGCAUCGUCCAUUCGAACUAGCUCUCCGUUGGCGAACUUCUCACCGGCGCCCAAAUCGCCCAUAAGCGAGACGUCCGACAAUACAUCUCAGGCCUCUCAGGAUGCGUUUACUGGCCGGAAGAAGAAGUCUGUCAGGGUCAGCUUUGACGAGCAGCCUCAAGAGAUCGAACCGCCCACGGUGGCAGCCACUCCCAAUUCGAUAAUGCGAGAUCGCCCGGUGGUCGACGACCUAGAUGACGACGAAUUGAUGAAGCCCCGGCCUGCACUGCCAAGUUUUGGAAGCGUCAGGAAGCAAAGGGUAACACAUGACGUGCCUGAGAAGGUCACGGAGAUGGCACCAGAAAGUCAAGACGCAAGCAACGAUCACGCAAUUGGAGGUAUACUCAAGAACGCCAACGAGGCGAAGGCUUCAUCAGAUCCAGUCGCUCCCGAGGUGACGAGUAAAGAGACGGCAGGAUAUGUUAGCGAUGACAGCGACGACCUGGGUGAACCCGUGGCUACAAGCACGCCAGCUCCGCCAUCAACCGUACCUGAGGUGAAGCUCGAGUCAAGCCCUGAAGAAAAGCAAGAGACCAAGGUUAGAGACUUCGCCGCGCAAGCAACAACUGCAUCGGACCAGAACGAAGACGCCGAUGUACCCGCAAUCAAUCUGCUGCCCCCUACGCCUGGAGCAGAGGAAGAACGCAAGACAUUGUCCGCUGAGGGCGACCAGUCUCCAAAGCCCAAAGCUUCCUUUGAGAUUAAUGUGCCCGGUGGAUGGGCAGGCGAAGAGGAAAACGAGGCUGAGACUACAUCCGCUGGAGCGGCAGCAGCAACGGUUGCAACUAUCGAAAGCCAAGAUGAGCCUGCCGCUGUGCCUGAGGAUCCAGUCAUAUACUCAAGCCCUAGACCCGCCUCUCCUGCUCUCAAUGCCAUCAACGAAGAUAACAGCGACGACAGUGCAGAGUUUAGCGACGCAGCCGAAGACCUUUCUGAAUUCGACAACGGCGGCUUCGCUUCACUUGAUGCCAUUGCGGUCAGUCCCGUGCUAACCUCUUCGCCAGCUCCAAAGCCAAAAGAUGGCCCUGCGCCUCUGCCAGAAAGCCCGUCUAUUCGGCAAGCGUCAAAGAGAAUGGACAAGGUCAAUGUCGAAGGCCAAGGUAGCGGCGACUGGAGUGAGGCUACGGCUUACUGGUCGAGACUGAGCCAACAACAGCGCGAACAAAUUGAGCGAGAACAUUUCUCUUCCGACGAUGAAGCUCUGCCAGCACCUGCGAGGAAACCCAAGAAGAAGACCUCUGCCCAGGCCGCGCCAGUUAAAGUGCCGGCGCCUGCAGCUGCUGCUCAAGUGCAGCAGAAGCCUGCCGCUCAACCUGCGAAGCCUGCCUUGAAGAAGACGAUGCGUGCUCAGCCGGAGCCCGUUCCGGUCGAGGGCGAGGUGCAUAUGAGAAAGUCCAUGCGCAACGGUGGAGCUGGGGGCAUGUCUGGCUCACUGCGGGAUAGCACCACGUCGCAGCCUCAGCAGACCCCAGUUCAACCUAAAAGUGCUUUGCAGAAAGGUACAAUGCGACCUGGGUCUUCGGGCCAGUUGAGCUUGUCUGCAAUGCCAGGAUCAGGCCCUCAAGAUUCAGCAUUCCCAAAGAUGAAGGCCUCUCAGACACAACCUCCAACUCAGCCAAAGCCCAAACCGCAACCAGCUCCAGUCAUGUCCGCUAAGCUACAAAAAGAGCUCAGCCAUGAUUCGGACUCGGAGAGCAGUUUCAGGAAGAAGCGUCGCUCCAAGGUGGAUGGCAGGUACACCAUGAAACGUAGCAUGCGUGGUGGACCAGUAGAAGCGGAACCUGCUCCAUCUAUAAGGAACCAGCGACCAACAUCUCCUGAGCCGCCACGUGGCAAGGGCAAAGACUCCUUCAGCAUAAGGUCUUUAUCUCCCACCGGAUCUCUGUUCGGCAGGAAGAAACGGGGAGAGGAAGUGCGACAAUCGAUACGCGGAUCUUCUGUUGAUGCAGGGCCUCGGAUGACGAUGCGAAAUGGGCCACCUCAACGCGCUGCAGCCAGACCUGCAGCCGGCCAACAGUCCACAGGGUCGAGGUUCAAGUCGCGUUUUGUAGAUUCUGAUGACGAGGGCGAGGAUGAACGACCAAGGCGAAACUUCUUCAAAAGUCGGUUCACUGAUUCGGACGAUGAAGAUGACGAUGUCUUUAUCCCAGCCGACCUUACUCCGGUCCGUGGUAUUCCUCGCAAACAGGGCCAGACUGACGGCGAUUCAACCGAUCUGGAGGAUGAGGACGACGAUGAAGAUGAAGAUCCACGCAAAGCCACACGAAGGCGGCAGAAGAUGUCUACACCCCUAGUUCCAGACUCGGGAGAUAUCGACAAGGCUAUGGAGGCUGCAAGGAAGAAGCUCGGCAUCCCUGAACCAUCCGCGAAAGAGACGAGUCAAGGCGAAGCGCUUCGCAAUGGUAGCUUACGACAAGACACGGCACCUCAAUAUCCGGUGACAGGGCCAUCAUAUGAGGAAGCUGAAGCUACUCCAGAGAAGAAGAAACGAAGCUUCAUGGGCAGCAUUCUUCGUCGCAAUCGCAACAGCACGGCAUCCGUCCCUCAGAUCGGCACCACCGCAAGCGAGAUGAAUCUAUCAUCGAGUCCAGCAUUGAACGGUCCUUACGACGCCGAUGCCCCUCAAGGUCCUUCCGGCCGCCCGCAGAGCCCCAUCGCAAGUCCCAAUGGCAAACUCCUUCGCAGGACGUCAGGCCAGCAAGUACCCCAAGCACCUCGCAUGCGCCGAGGCGACUCUACUUACUCGAAUGCGACUGCCCCUCCAGCCGUAGGGGAGGCCUUCUCUGCGUCUGAUAGAGAUAACUGGCCAUUGCCGCCCGCUGUGCCGAAGAUUCCGGAUCAUCUUGCUGGUAACAAUCGACCAACAACGAGUGACGGUGCUGGCAACAGCGUCGUGCGCUUCGAUAUCGGAACAGACGACGGGAUGGACGGUGAAGGACAACAGCGAGGAGCCAUCUACAGCCGUCGAACUGGAAAGAAGAAGAAGUUUGGUUUGUUGAGGAGGGCUUUUGGGCUGAACGACUGA